AUGGCAAUCGUUCCAAUUCAGGGUGAAGGAGCUGUGAAGGCCAUUUCCAACAAGGAGCAGCGAGACCAACAGAAAGGUCGUGGACAUGGUGGCAAAGGUGCAGGCCAACAUCGUCCGAAGAGACAACAAGGCAAUCGCAGUAGCAUUCGCAAGCCUGUCCUAGCACUCUGCAAAGUGACCCGUGCCGAUGCUGCGGGGGAGGCCACUGAGGCCUUACAAGCCGCACUUGUUGAAGCCGAGCGUGGCAGCGAGCCAGUGGACGGAGGACUCCUGGGAAUGGCCGCUGCCCAGGCUGGUCGGCUCGGCCUCAAAGACCUGCUUGCCUCGCUUAUGGCCUACUCUUGGCCAAGACUUUCCUCUUGUGGUGGACGCGAAGUUGCCGAGUUGGCGGCCGCUGGCAGCAAAUGCGGCUGUGACGAUGACAGGUUCUUCUACUUCGUGGCUACGUACUGCAGCCAGAACCCUAGUGCAUUCACCUGCCUCCGGGAUGUGGCACUGGUCGCUGCGGCACUCACACCGAAGCUGGAUUCACAGGUGAACCUUGGAGCCGCCUUCUACGGCCUCUCCAGGGUGGCCUUGCAACACUUGCAGGGCCAGCUGACGGGCCAGCCCAUUCGGGACAUUGCCGAGUUCUUCUACUCGCUUAUGAAUGUCUUGGGCAUGCCCAACAAUGCAGGCCUCUGCAAUGAGGACCUGGUGAAGGAAGUCAUCGUAGCAAUCGCCUCGGCUGUUCGGCGUUUCCUCCAUACUGCUAGCGGGCAAGAUAUUGCAAAGGCCACUGGUGCAACAUCGCUUGGGUGGACGCUGCUGCCUCUUUUGCAGGACACUGUUCUGGGCCCUUUGUUGAAAGAGCUGGCACAGGCAAUCCGUUUCCGCCAUGCAGACUUCAACGCCCAGGACUUGGCGCAGCUCAGCGUCUCGUUCGCCCGAGUGGAGGGCUUUCCGGACUUCGCGACCUCCCUGCCGAUCCUAGUCGACAAGGUUUGCGAACGCAUGGGGACCUUCAGCUCCAAGGACCUGAGUUUGGUCCUUUGGUCUGCUUCCCGUCACACCUACCUCGCAGACAGAUGCGCGACACUUGCAUCCAAAGAAGUGAUGAGGCGAGACCUCACAGGCUUCUCUGCGCAGGACCUGUGUAUGACUGCCCAAUGCUUGGCCAAACUGGGCAGCAGAGGCAAGGCAGCACUUUGCUUGGUCGCGGGCCAAGUCUUUCAGAGGCAGGCGAGAGGCUUGUCGACCACGGACAAGGUGCUGUUUCUGUGGGCUCUGGCGAAGUGUAAAGUCAUGCAUCUUGCCCUUUGCCGGCUCAUCGUUCGGGACCUCGCAGUCGAAAAUUGCAGUCGUCUGCAGAGAGACAAGGUGGGCCUCGCGCUGUGGUCCCUGGCAGUCGUCUGGCAGUCGCUUCCGCAGUCAGAUUCUUGGGCAAGGCUUUUGGCGUCCACCCUUCUUGCUGCGCAGCCGUGGCAGAUGGCUCCAAUCUACGAGGUCACAAAUGAUGCCUGGGCCUUUACCCAGCUUCCGGCAGAUCUCACCAGCAUGAUGUGGCCAUCGCUCCUCUCGUCAGCAAUGCAGAUUACUCCUAGCAGCCUUUCACAGCACGAGCUCUGCAACUUGCUUGCCGGCCUGUCACGCUGUCCGAAGCAGGUGAUCCUCUGUCAGGAAGUGUUCACAUCCUUCGCGAGCGAAUUGGUGAGCCGCCUGCAGGCGCCGAAUGGGCCACCAACGACGUCUGAGCACGACAGGCGGCUCCUGGCUGCAACGCUUGCUAACCAGCCAGAGAACUGGAGCUACCUCAGCAAAAGUGAUGUAGAAUCGGUGCAAGCCUUUGUCUCUGCGAGUGAAGCCAGGUCCCAGGACGUUCCGGACGCAUCGGAGGCAUCCGGGCCAGCUCAUGAGACUCCAUCGCCCGAUCCGGAGGCAGAGACCCCCUGCAAGGAGGAGGCCGAGGAGGGCACCUACCAACAGACAGAGGAGGCCCCACAGCCACCAGAGCCAGAGACAGAGAGACCCUUCGAGAAGGCCGAUGGGAGCUCCUUCGAAAGAAAGAGAAAGGAGACGGAGGCCACCGACGUGCCAGAGUCAGAUCCGGGCGAUGGCUGGUGUCCACAAGUUCUCGAGGAGCGCGACACAGACUCAUCUGUGCCCGGCACAUCGGAGCUCAGUCUUCUACAUUUGAACUCCCAAUGCAACUACAAAGGCCAUUGUGUGCAGCUGAAGCACACUUUCAUCCACAUAGAUUGCCCGGAGGAGAGCGAUUCGGAGGAAGACUGUAUGAUCUGCAACAUGAAUAGGAACGCGCGCCGCAGGCGUGCUCAAUCGGCCGAUGGACGAGACCUAGUUGCUUGCGGCAGCACUUCCGUCCCACCCAUCCCCGUAAUAAACGAUCCCGACAUGGAGCGCGAGAUCUUGGAGCGCCAUCAGCAUCGGGUCGAGAAGCGACGCAUGAAAUGGGGAUCGGUGCCAAACUGUGACUGCAUGCCUUCAUUACAGCUGCAGUGA